AUGUCAAAGUUAAGUCGAAAGCCAACAAAUGAAUUAGAGCGAAUGAUGCGUAAGGGUGAUGAUUGGUCUGCAAAUGAUUUAUUCAAAUUUCAACAUGGUAAUUUGGAUCAUUAUGAUAUGGAUGAAAAGCGAGCAAUUUGUACAGAAUGGCUUAGGAGAUUACAGAAAAUACCAAAAAAAUUUUGCUAUCUAGCGUGGUAUGCAUCUGCAAUGUAUACAUGUUAUUAUCGCUUAGCUCCAUUAAUCACUGAUAAGGAAGAAAAAAAACGGAUUUGGAUUGAUGUGAAACGAGAAUAUGCCGAAAUAUUUCUUAUGGGUCGACGAAUUUGGAGGCGACCGACGCAUCCUACCAGACUUCGGAUACUGUAUGAUUUAGCUAUGCUGUGUGUACGAUUCAAUGAUGUGCAUAAUGAUGAGACAGUAUUAUUAUUUCGAGAUUUGCUUGAUGACAAUGAUAAUUUCAACUUCGAAGUUCUAGAUGAUAUUGAAUAUGCGCAGUCUAUCGACAAGACUGUACGCUUAGAAAAUCACGUUAUUGAUCUAUUUUAUCAAAGACGUAAGUCAAGUUGUUCUACGCGCUCUAGUUUUUAUUCCAAAGGCAGUACUGAAACUCCUCGAAGCAGUUUCCGUAGCUUAAAAGCAAAAAGCGAUGAAGUGAAAAGCUCUAAAUUAAGAAAUGGAUCAUUUUUAUCAAUCCCAGAUAAUAUGAUAUCUGAUUCAGCAAUAAUUACAAGCGUGAUUACGUCAAAAAGUCCUGGUGUUACUCGCAGGCAUAGUGUACGUUUUGCUGAAAAAUCUAGCAAAAAAUCACCAUCAGAUGAUGAUCUAUUAUGUCUUAACGAGAAAACGACUAAGCGAGAAGAAACUGUGACAGAGGACACUAUCAAACAACAAAUGGAUGAUACUACUGUAGCUACCAAUGUUAAGGAUCUGAGCAUGAUAAAUAACAUUGAAACUGAUACUGCAACUGAUAUAAAUUCGUUACAAACAGAUUGUUUGGAAUCUGAUGAAGUUGUUAAGAAUGGUAAAAUUACUGGAAUUACAGUAAGGUCUGAUAGGCAUAUUGUAAUUAGAAAAGAUUCAGAUCAUGCAGAAGCAUACAAAACACUAUCAGAUUUUGUAAUUUGUCGAAAAAAAGCUUUUAUUUCUGUUUCUCCAUCCAGAAAAUCUCUUGAAAUAUUUGAUACCACUAAACGGGAAAUGUAA